GGUCAACAAAGUCGAUCUCCUUUUAGUGAUGAAAGCUUACAGGACAGUUCUCGCCUGAACAGUUCUAUAUCCUUGAUCCACCGCAUGGCUGACAGAAUCAUGGAAGAACCUCGUCGACUCAAGCUGCCUAUCGAGCGUCGUCGCUCCUUUUCGAAUCGCAGCAUGAGUACGGCCAGCA